AUGGAUAUUUGCAUUAGCCAUCUUUACAAUAGACAAAUAAGAAAGAAUAUAUUACAGGAUGUUUUUUACAAAUUAGAAAAUUACGACAAUGAAGAAUUUUUAUGCUUCGACGUAAACGCAAGCGGGAGUCUUCUGGUGGCCGCGUCCAAGACGUCUCUUUACUUUUUUCACAUUUUAACGGGCACCUUACUACUGCAGCAUACGUAUUACGAUGAAAAUGAAAAAGAAGAUUAUCUGAAGCGGGACAUUUUCGAGGAGGAGAAAAUACAUGGAAGUACGUGCAGUGGGGUGAAUGAUAAAGACAGCAACGAGAGUGGACAACACGAGGCGGUGAAGAGUGUCGGGCUCGACGAGGGGAACGAAUAUGACAUUGAGAAGGAGAUCGAGAAUGAGAAUAGUACCAGCGGAAACAUUACAAGGAACGACAAUAUCAGCAGCAACGAGUUUAGUAACAUCCUGGAUAACAUUAACAGCAACGAGGUUGGAAGUGCAAGCGGGAUUGGCAACCCGGACUAUGAUGAGCGGGCCAGCCAUAUUGACGGGGCUAAUAAUGUUAAUCAAGCUACCUGUGUUGAUCAGGCUAACCACCUUGAUCACGCCAAGGAUGUUGACCCCCUGGCCAUGUGCUACGACCUGGGUAACGAUAAGGACAGACAAAGUCCCAACUGUGACGAGGAUCUGAAGACCACCAAAGAGGAAGAGGAAAGUUACGAGACCCCGAAUGCAGCAAUUCAAAAUGGAAACUACCUUCCCGAUAAUUUUCUGACACAAAAUGAUUCCAUCUGUUACGACGACUCGGUAAAAGCACAUAAGAGGAAGCUCUUGGCACUUAAGGGACAAAAGUCCAAGAAAGUAAAAAAAAGUUCGAGAAAAUCCCAGAAAAGUAUGAGUAGAAGUGGAGAAAACAUAACCAACUUGAGAAGCAAAAAUAACGAAAGCAGCAGUAGGAAAAGUGCAGAUGAUAAAUUUGAAGAUGAAAACGCACAUAUAAAGAAAAUACAAUUUAUAAAACAUGACAAGUAUCUAUUAGGUGUAUCGACGAGAUACUUGUCCAUUUUUAAAAUCUGCGAAUUUCCCAUAAUCAGAAUAGUGUAUAUGGAUUUGUUAUGUCUUUGCAUUGGAAUCGAGACGAUCAUUUCAAAGAAGCUUUUUUUCCCUUGCUUCUUUUCUGAGUAUUUUUAUCUUCUUUAUAAAGAAAAUGAAUAUAAACAAACGGUAGAGGGGAGUCUCUUGAACAGUAGCAGUUUAAGUAACGAUUUUUCGCGACCCUUUGGGUCCAAUUCUGACGUAUCUAUAAAUAAAUUCGAGGAAAUCUCUGAGUGCAGUAAAAAUUGUAAAGAGAUGGAAUCGCCCCCCUUUAGGGGCUACCAAGAAGAAGCAACACCAGGGAAGGGUCAUUUAAGCCUUUUCAAAGAUUAUUAUAAAAUAUACACAGGUUUAAACUUUAGCAAAAUUAGAAACUUUGAAAUAUGCGAAGUAAAGUGUGUGGAUUUUAAGAAGAAAAAGCGCUCCUCCGGGGAUGAAGGGGGGAACAUUUACGUCCUAGAUCUUGUUUUGUGUUUGAAGGAGCAAAUUCCGUACGUAACUAGGGUGUACGUGGAGGAUAUGGCUGACCCGAGUGGCCAAUACGAGACGUCCCUGCCUGAUGUACAUCACCUUGCUUCAUAUGCAGAACGCAUGAACGACUUCAUCGUGGAUGUUAAUGUGACGCACCCCAUUAUAUCGUACGAACAGAUGAACUUCACAUUUGAGGAAAUUGCUAGAGAGAGCUCCUUGCAUGUGAGGAAAGACAUACUUUAUUCUAAGAGUAAGUCGAAGAAUAAGAAAAAAUGUGUGAAGGGGGGUGGCUCAAAAAAUUUUGAGUAUAACGAGAUCCAUGGUGUGAGUAAGAUGGAGGAGUGCUCCGCGGCAAGGCUAGGAGAGGCAAUCCUUAGCGAAGCGGUGGUUGAUGGGGGAGGUGCCACAGAACUGGUUAGUGCAGCGACUACCCGACUUCCCAGCGGAAUGCCCACCACAGCGUUGAGCGAAGUUACAAUAGGGAAUACCAAAACCGUGGAACCCACGGAGAGCUACAUCAGCAGCAGCAACUUCCUCCCCAGGCAGACCCAGAGAGAGGGUGCAAGCGUCUGCGAAGACAAGGACGAAGAAGCCAUGCAGUUGAUGAAAUUUUUCGAACAUUAUGAAAAUAGUCGGAAAUUUUUAAAAAAAAUGCUAAGUGGAUAUUUCCCCAUUUGUGUGUACAAAAAAAGGAGCAAGAGGAGGUCCAAGGAAUUACCAACCACGUUGAAUAUAUACGACAAUUUGGAUGCUCUUCUGAAGGGAAAAAGCCUAAGGGGUAACAUUCCCAGAGGGGAGGAGAAAGACGGGGAAAUUUUCGAAAAAGUAAAUGACUACUACACAUUUGACUACUCCGGGAGGGAAAAAACGGACUAUUUUAAUUUUCCUCACAGUUUGCUAAAAAAUAAGAACAGCUUGAAAAACGUGAAUAAGCAUAGGGACAUAGACAAGAACAAGCACUAUAUAUAUGUGGGAACCCCGUCGUAUGUCCUCGCAUUCGAAAUGCACUACGUGAAAAAGUGUGCCACCGUACAAGAGGAGGAAAACAAUAAAGCGGAGUCGCCAAAAAGGAAUAACUUAGUAUAUUCCAAAAUUGAGUGCAUAUCGGAUGAAAUUUGCAGAACGCAUGAUAAUUACUUGAGGAAUGUACAGGAAAAAAACCUGUUUGACGAAAAAAUAGAAUUAAGUUUUCUGUUUAAGGUAUACCUGGGGAUAACAACCCCGCUGGAUAUUGCCAUAAGGGAGAAGGGGAACUUGCUCUGUGUAAGGACACUGGAAAAGGUGUUCCUGUACAAACUUACGUACAAGUAUAGUGUCCACUGCAUGGGGGGGGGUUCUCAUUCGAAUAUAGUGACUGUAUCGGAUGAGAGGAAUUCCCUUGAGCAGUGUACUACUGGGGAGGUGCCCUCCCAGUUGGCAAAUAACAUUCCUUCCUGUAUAGUGGCAAACAAGAGCUGUCCAACGCAAGGAGGAAAGCACGAUGAUCUGUACAGUUACAUCGAUCGGAUAUGCCUCUAUCAUACAAUUCAUAAUCCAAUUCAGAAGGAAGUGCACGAGUUGUGUUGCUUCAGUGAAGACAUUUACCAAUCAUACCUGCUUGUUGUGUCGCUAAAAUCUGGGCAGUACACACUAUACAUUUACGAUUUGAAGCACAUGGAUUUACAGAAUGCAAUGAAGGUAAACAUCUCCGCUUACAAGGGAUUCAAACAGAUAAGGUGGAUAAAAUGUUAUGACAUGCUAGUAGCCCUGUCCACUAUAGGGAAUUACUUAGUAGUAUUAAAGAACAAACACCUAAAUAAUUGGAGCUUCUUCAUCUCGGACUUUGAAUUGAUAGGUUCGAAUAUCGAAUUUAUCGAGGAAGAAAACGAAUUUGACAUAAUAGAAAAUAUUCAACCGAAACAUAAACAUAUAGAUAAUCAUAUUUGGAAGUAUAUUAUUAUUUACAUAAAUUUAUUUAUAAAGAAUAAAAUUAGCAUUCAGAAUUUAAGCCACCCUUCGUCCCUCUUUCCAAUACUGUAUACAGGGUAUUAUAAAAGCAGCCCAAUGUAUUUUUUUUACAAAUCCUGUUAUCAUUUUGGUAAAGAAAAUUUCCUCUGUUACGAGGUGGAUGAGUCUACAGAGCAGGAGUCACAGGACGGGGAGGAAUGGACAAGGACGAAAAAAAAAAAAAAAAAAACACUGGAAAAAGGGAAAGAAGACGAAAUCAAACAAAUGGAGGAAAACAGAAAACAUUCAUUUUUACAAAUAAGAGAAAAUCUGGAUCAUUAUGUGGAUUCACCAUUUCAAGAACCCGAAGAGGACAAUCAAAACAAUUUGUUCGUUAAGGACAACUCGAACAGCGUGGAGUUGCUGGCCCCUGAAAUGCUUUAUUAUUUGUACUACAAAAAUAUAGUCAAUUUUUCAUUAUAG